AUGGCUCAAGAGUGGAAACUCAAGGAUCUGACCACGCUCGACCUCAAGGACUUGGACAAAGUCGAGGUUGAAGUUGAGGGCAUCGAAGGUGGGAAGGUGUUGCUUGUCAAAGUCGGCGAUCAGAUCUCUGCGCUCAACGCCAAUUGUACACAUUAUGGUGCACCUUUGAAGAACGGUGUCCUCACACCAGAAGGCCGAUUAACGUGUCCAUGGCAUGGAGCCUGCUUCAACACCAAGACUGGUGAUGUCGAAGACUCGCCUGCCCCUCUUGCUCUGAACAAGUUUAACGUCGUGGAGAAAGAUGGAGGAGUAUACAUCUCAGGGAAAGAAACAGAUAUCAAGGGCGGAAAGAGACCUGUCAAUGUCAAGACCACGCCUAGCACACCAGAAAGAGUUGUGAUAGUAGGAGGUGGCUCAGGUACAUUCGGUACCAUCCUCAAACUCCGCGAACACGGAUUCCAAGGCCAUGUCACCGUCAUCACAGGUGAAGGUCUCCCGAUUGAUCGGACGAAACUCUCCAAAGCCCUCAUUACAGAUGCCUCACAGAUCUACCUCCAGCCUGAACAGUGGUACAAGGACGGCUCCAUAGAAUUCUACCCCGAUACUGUGACGAGUGUGGACUUUGAUUCCCGAGAAGUCAAGACCAAGACAGGGAAAGCAUUCCCGUAUACCAAACUCAUCCUUGCCACCGGUGGCACACCACGAACCCUUCCCCUGCCUGGCUUCAAGGAGCUCUCCAACAUCUUCCUGCUGCGCCAGGUUAGUGACACCCAGGCAAUCAUGAAUGCGGUAGGCGAUGGCAACAAGAAGAUUGUGAUUAUCGGAUCCAGCUUCAUCGGCAUGGAAGUCGCCAAUGCCCUAGCAAAGAACAACUCCGUCAGUAUUGUCGGCAUGGAAUCCGCGCCCAUGGAGCGUGUCAUGGGCGCGGAGGUGGGCAAGAUCUUCCAGAGAAUGCUCGAGAAGAACGGCGGGAAGUUCUACCUCAAUGCCGGCGUCGACUCUGCAGUUCCUGCCUCGAAUCUCGCCAACGCAGUCGGCCUGAGCUCCGUGCGUGCCGUGAAGUUGAAGGACGGCGCUGAACUCGAGGCCGACCUCGUCAUUCUCGGCAUCGGUGUCAAGCCUGCGACCGAGUACCUCGAGAACAAUGCUAGUAUCAAGCUAGAAAAAGACGGCAGUGUCGCCGUCGAUCAGAACUUUGCAGUCAAGGGACUCAGCGAUGUCUACGCCAUAGGCGAUAUCGCCACGUACCCUUACAACGGCCCCGGCGCAAGCGACACACCCGUGCGCAUCGAGCAUUGGAAUGUCGCGCAGAACAUGGGCCGGACCGUUGGGCAGCUGAUCGCUCGACCAGGAAGCAAACCCAAGCCCUUCAUCCCCAUCUUCUGGUCCGCCCUGGGCAGCCAGUUGAGAUACUGUGGCUCGACUUCAAACGGCUGGGAUGACGUCGUGAUCAAGGGUGAGCCGGAAAAUGGCAAGUUUGCGGCGUAUUAUUGCAAGGGUGACGCGGUCGUGGCGGUGGCUAGUAUGAUGAUGGACCCUGUCAUGGUCAAAAGUGCCGAGUUGAUGAGACACAACAAGAUGCCGUCCAAGAAGGAGAUUCAAGGUGGAGAGGAUGUUUUACAGGCGAGUCUAUGA